CUCACCAACUUACAAACUGGCUCAGCUACCGUACUCUCACCUCUACGCGGACAGACCAAGGCCCAUGUAAAGGAUUCCUACCACUUUGUUGAUGAGAUUAAACAUCUACGCCUCAGAGACAGUGAACAACUGGUCAGUUUCGAUAUACUGUCACUGUUCACUUGCCUACCAAUACAGCAAUGUAUCGAAAUUGUUACAAGAAGGCUUAGAGAGAAUGACUUACCGGUUGAAUAUGCGGACUUGUUAGAACACUGCCUUACAUCUGGUUAUAUGUUGUGUAAUUAUGACUUUUACAGGCAAGUAGAUGGUGUAGCGAUGGGCUCACCUGUUUCACCUGUUGUGGCUGAUAUUUUUAUGGAAGACUUUGAGAAGUUAGCCCUUGAGUCCUCACCUAUACAACCCACCUUCUACAAGCGGUAUGUAGAUGACACUUUGACAAUAUUACCAUCGGACAAAGUAUCCAUAUUCCUUGAGCACCUGAACAGCCUCAACUCUAAGAUACAGUUUACAAUGGAGUUAGAGAAAGAUAAUUCCUUAGCCUUCUUGGAUGUAUUGGUAAUAAGGAAUCCUGACGGCACAUUAGGUCAUACGGUGUAUCGCAAGCCUACACACACAAACAGAUUAAAUGGUGACUCCCAUCAUCACCCAGCACAGUUAAGUACUGUUGGAAAAUCUUUAAUUCAAAGAGCGCGAGGAAUCUGCGAUGAACAGCAUUUGGAUACCGAGCUUCAUCAUGUUGUACAAGUUCUACGCGACAAUAAGCUUCGGGCACCACGCAAACAGAGCAGCAACCGAGUGAAGCCGGCAACAGUGGAGAGAUUACCUGCAGUGUUACCAUUCAUAAAGGGAGUCACUGAUAAAGUUAGCUACAUUCUAAGGAAAGCUUCAAUAAAAACAUACUUUAAGCCGCCCAAAAAUAUCAGCCAAUUUUUACCACCAGUGAAAUGCAACUUACCCCUUCAAGAUGCAGGAAUCUACAAACUCGACUGUGAUUGUGGCCUCUCUUAUAUAGGGCAAACCAAAAGGGCCAUAAAAACCCGCAUCAAGGAACACAUUGCAGAUGUCAAACACCAUAGGAACACCAAGUCCGCAAUUUGUGAACACACACUGGAUCAACCUCGCCAUUACAUAAGAUUUGAUAAGCCACAAAUACUGGCAAAAGAAGCAAGAUGCCGUCCAAGAAUGAUACGCGAGGCCAUUAAAAUUAAAAAACACCCUAAUUUUAACCGCGAAGAUGGUUGGGUGCUGCCAUCUAGUUGGGAUCCAGUGAUAAAUAAACUAAAACACAAAUCUAGGAAACCUCGGCUUCAUGACGCUCAUUUCGAGGCAGAAUUAAAAGGGCAAUAA